AAUGUUUCCUGAUGACUUUGGUGAUCCGAUGACUUUUUCUCACCACAAGACUGACAUUUGUGAUUUUGAGUGAAAUGUCUCGACAGCUAUUCGUAAUGACAUUUCAUUUAGACAUUUGCGUUCCCCUUAAAAUGAACUAUAAUAACGUUGGUGACCCAUUAACUUCUCAUCUAUUAGUCUGUUUUUUAUUUUUAUGAUCAAACUAACUGCAAAACCAAAUAUCAUACCCACCACCCUCAGCCGCACUCACUAAUAACUUCUGCUAAAGGAGGAUGGUGAACAUGUUCCUUCUUCCAUGGUGAUCAGUAUCAACAUGCAAGCAUUGUCAUUGUAUGUGGAUGUUGGCACUUACUUUAGCAGCAUAAACAAGAAGACAUGCUAAUAAUAAAGAUGUUUAACAUUUGAACACUUAGCGUUAUGAUUGUUAGCUAACCCGUUAACAUUAGCAUGUAGCUCUGUAGCGUAUACAGUAAAAAAACAAAUAAGUUAAACAAAUGUGGUGAACAUGGUGGACAUUUUUUCUUGCUCAGUAUCAAUGGGUUAGCACUGUUAUUGUCGGCAUGUUGGCGUUAGCAUUUAGCAACAAAGACCAUAUUUCCCUUAACACGAUGUAGGCCUACAUUUAGCGGGGAAAAACCGGGAAAAACUCAAUUCUGGCAGAUGUUUUUCCACACCAUAUUUUCUACUUGAUGAGCUAUUUCUAAGACACUUCAUUUAUAAAUGUAUCCCAAUUUCACACAAGUAUAACCAAAAAACACAGAAAAAUCUGUAGUUUGGGCGAAAAGAUCGAAAUUACAAACUCUUACACUGGAUGAGCUCUGUGCUUGAUAACAUUGUACUGAAGGUUCAUGUUCCCAAAAGUUUCACUUUAAUCAUAAGUUUAUCUUCUGUCUCAGUGUCUGAAACUUCUCAUCCUCCUAAGUAGAUUACAGCCUUUCCUCUCCCUUACAAAAUCACUGUCCUUCAAUUAAAUCCUUCUCUCCACCCCUUCCACUUGCUCCUGCUAACUCCAGCCUGUCAUUCUCCCCUGCAGCUUAGUCCAUCUCCUCCUCGGUGUGUCUCUACAGGUGCAUGUGUCUUGCUUUAAAGGGAGUUGGUCAACUCCAGUACUGUACAGGCUGUAGUUAAGACCCUCACAAUCUGGCUCACUUGAUCCAGGGGAUCACAAAGUUGCCAUGCAGACAUCAGGUGUAACCACGGGUCAGCUGAGAGCACAGGUGGGGUUGUGCAUUACAGUCGCCCUGCUCAUGAAUGGGUCGACUGGGUUAGUCUGCUACACUACAGUGGAAUCACUGGAUUUAGGCUGCCUCCUGCAGUGGGAUUGUCCUCAUGCCAGUCCUAAUACCACCUACACAGUGCAGACAAAGACUCAGGGGGACCCCUGGCAGGACGUAUCGUGGUGCGUUUGGGUCUCAUCCCGCAGCUGUGACAUCUCUCAGGCCUUCUCUAACUUUGAGCUGUACAACAUGAUCCGUCUCGGUGUCCACCUCAGCCCCAGCUCCACCGUCUGGAUCGAGCCACGCAAGUUCGACUACAGUGACUUCACUUUCAGCGCUCCCUCUGUCUUGGUCUCUUUGAAAGACGACGAGCUGCUGGUGCAGGUGCAGUUCCCCUGUGCUGCCAACAGGAGGUGCUCUCUGGAGAGGUGCUGUCCCAUCUCUGAACUGAUUGAUCCCUGGACCACAGUGACUGUAUACAACAACCUCAAUCACUCUGAACACCAGAGCCGUACAGUUUGGACCCAGGAAGUGGUGUCCUAUGUGGAGCUCUCUGGCUUGGCUCCUGGUCAGAACUACUGUGCUGUGGCCAACUUCUCCUUCCCGACCUUCUCCAUGGCUGCUUCCCCGAAAUCUGCCCCUCGGUGUGUCCAGACUGUUUCCAAAUCAGGGCUGCUGCCUGUGAUGUUUCUGGGAAUCGGGCUGACGUGUCUGCUCCUCGUUCCACUUCUCACUGUGUUUCUGCGAAGAGCAAGACGAGCCGCACCAGCCGCUGAACCUCAACCCAAGACUCCAGCGUCCGAUCAUGAUCCAGUCUCUUUGGUCCCUCUUCCCUCGGUACCUGUCGACCUUUGCGACAUCCACGUGGAAUUCGCUGAUGACCGUAACCUCCUACAGUCUCCCCUGCAACCAGGACCAGACUUGCAUCCUGGGAAACACCAGUGAUCCUCCCCAUCUUGUCUCCAACUCAAAUGCAGCAUUACUGGGAGACCGGCGGGGUGGAGCUGGAGCGAGGCCUGGAGUCUGGUAUCAGCAUCCCACCUGCAUCUCACUCUUCUGAGGAGACAUGUGGGACAAAUGCAGACUUAUACUGAAAGACUGAUAGCCAUCUUACCAUGAGUGUUGCUCUGUAAAGGUAGGUGUCUGUAGGGCCGGGCCUCACCUCCAGCACUGUACUCUAUACCUCUGCAAUCCUGGUACGGUCCUGUACCAAAAUCAUCCUCAUGAAAUAUGGAGAAGUGAUAAACAUGCGUUUCCCAGUAUGAUAUUAUCUGCUGAAAUUAACAGAAUACAUCAAGUUUACAAUUAGGCAGCUGAAAUCAGUAUUGGCAUAUGUUGCUGGACAAAUAAGAAAGAUGAGUGUGUCUUCAUUACCUAGCUUGUCCACCAGAGAGCACUGACAGGUUAAUUUUUAAACCGUAGUGUCCCGCUCAGAACAUUUAUUAAAUAACCUAAUUUAAGUGCUCCUUCUUUAUUUAUGCUAUGCCUUCUAUGUUGGAAAAGAAAAAAAAUACAAUUAUCUGUCACUAUUUGGGUACCAAAUUUUUUCAGCUGAGGUCAUGAGCUUGGGGUAAUGACUGACAGAAAGGGAUCAAGUUUACUAUUAGGCUGCUGAAAUUAGUUUUCUUUAAAAAGGAGCCAGGUGAGGAGGUUCGGGGUUCUUAUUCAAAGGCCUGUACUCUAUCUAGUAUUUUCAUGCUAUUUUAUACUUCUACUCCACUACAUUUUAGAGGCAAAUAUUGUACUUUGUACUACAUUUAUCUGACAGAUAUUAGUUACUUUUUUAGAUCAAGAUUGACAGGUGAUCUGUUUUUUUUAAAUAUGAUGCUGUGUUAUAGGUUUAACCACUCAAAAGUGUAUAAAGCAUUCAAAAUGAGCUCCACCUCAACCAGCGAUAACAUUAGAGUACUGUUCAGUAAUAUAAUAAUAUAACACUGACGUAUUCUGACAAACAAAUACUUUUGAUAGUUUGAGUACAUUCUGCUGGGAAUACUUUUGCAUUAGAGUAAAGAAUAAAUUUGUAACCGGCCUUUCUCACCGCUUCCUGACAUUUUGUAGACCCAACAUUACUUGAGAAAUCAACCAGUAGCUUAAUUGAUAAUUCAACUAUUCACCCCUAAAGGCCAGUAGGCCACAGCGUCAGGCAGUAAGGUUUAAACCGCGUGACAGCAAACUGCUAAAAUGUCUUUGAGCACGUUAAUGGAUCCCUUCCAGCUCUGAAGACGCUGCUCUGUACCUGACCUCUGCCCUCUGACGUUCAUUUCUGGUGGACUUGUGUGGAGUCCAUUAUUAGGAAGAUGAAUGGAGAUCAUGUGCAACAAAGCCACCAAAUGACCUCUAACAUGUAAGUCUGUUUAGCUGGGAGCUGUCAUCAAGUGAUAUAAAUGUGGAUCCCAAACAUAUAAGCACAUUCCUCUGGCUAUGACUGCUCCGAUAGAGGGUCAUAGAAUCGCCAUUACAGAUGAAGCAGAGAUAGUUUAUCUGACAAGUCCAAAAGGAGCUGUUUAUGUACCACUGAUUCAGUGAAAAAUCUAAAUCUGGCUGCAGUUUUUCCCUUUCUGCCUUUUGUGCUGAGGUCAUCUAACAGGCCGGUCCAAACCAUAAGCUUCAUAAACAAGAACUAAGAAAACAUCUGACCCCCCACAUGCAGCCAGCAGCUCCUUCGUGCUGCCCCCCCUGCCCUCCCCCCUAAAGGGACAACAGAGUUGUUUUCUUCUAUCAUUCAUUGCUCUGAAAUGUUUCUGACUCACAGUUGCCCUACCGGAGCUUCGCUGCCCUUUUACCCGUGACUGACGCCUCAUUAUGCCUCCUGCAUGAAAACAAGGAACAUCUUGACAUCUCGCCUUCUGUUUUGCUGGUGUUGCAUUCUUUCCGCGUCAUUGGGGAGCCUUGGGGGUUUGGCCGUCCAGCAUUGUUUGUUUCCCCUUCUAUCUUUUCCAGAGCCCACAGAGACCUGGGGGGUUAUCCAAAGCUCCACGCAUAAGCCAGUAGCAUGGCUUUUAUUAAUAAGCACAGUGCUGACAUUGUGGAGAGAUGAUGAAGCAAGAAACUGGCUUGUGUGUGUGAUUGAGCACCUGACCACACAACAGCCGAGCUGCAUGAGUGGUACACGUUUGACCUUUUUAUUUUAUUUUAUUUUCCGCUAUUUGCAGUAAUUUUUCUGAAACUAUCCAGCAAGAUGGAUUUAACUUUGCUUAUCCACUAGCUUUGUGUGUAUCUUGGCGGUGAACUGCAGUGUGAGGUGACCUUAUUAGGCUUGUUUCUAUAAUGAUCUUCCAUCAGAUGACUAUUUUUGCCUUUUGUAUUGACAAUAAGGAGGAGGAGGUUUAUGCCAACACUGUGUGUAACUACUAACUUUAAAGUUGAUAACAAAUCAUGUACGCGACCAAAACUCUCAUUAUCUCACUUCAGACUUGUAAAUGUGUAUCAAGCUUAUCAAACGGUUGUUGAUAUGAGAUUAAAACAAAUUUACAAGCUCUGUUAAUCAGUUCAAAGUAGUUCUAAAUGUGAUAUAAAUGCAGCCUGUGGUGCUCUGUUGGGACUACUUUUAAUAAAAUUCAG